CUACGCGUGACGCAACGCGUCGAAGUGACUUCUUGAUAUUAGACCGUGGUUAAUGCAAGCGACACUCAGUGUUGUCGCUCUCAAACCAUUCAUUAGGGCACUAACAUGUCUGUCAAGAUAUGGCGACGAUGUUGUCAUUUAUGCAGACCCAGAGCACCUCUCUUUGAGCGCGACUAACUCCUCGCUCUCUGCAUACUGUCGCUUCAAGUACGGACGCAGGUUCUUUUCCAGAUAUAAAUUCAGAGAUGGUGUAGCACAAGAUGGUGUUCAGGAUGUCAAAGGACAGUUGCUGGCUAAGACAUUCCUUUCCAUUCUUAAGCAUAAAACAAUCGAAAAGACAGUUGAACGCUGCGAGUUUACAAUCGUUGAAGCAACGGAUCUAUACGAGCAGGAUGAGCCAGAUGAGGACCAGGACACAUUAGAGAGCAGAUUGAUUAUUCGAAUGCACUGUAAACAUGGCAUCGUAAAGACUCAUCGGCUACCUCUCUUGGUUCCUACAUCACUGCUGUCACCAGGUGUCCCAGACUCUUCGAAUGAAUCCCGUCUUACAAUAGGUCCACGCGCAAUCAAAGACAUAACGGAGCAUUUCCCUAAUGCUCGAGGAGCAAAGAGCGACCCUCAACUCGUAUGGACCUUUGGAGACACGGAUGUUGACGUCAAGAGCCUCGAGUCUUCUAUCGACACCAGAGGUAAAGCUCAAUUAUCAACAGAGCUGACCAUCAGCGCGGAUGAGUUCGAUGUCUAUGACGUCUAUGCAUCCCCAACUACUAUCGGUUUCCACCUGCGAGAAUUCAAUGCUACAAUUGCUUUCGCGGAAUCCAUGAGCCUCUGCCUAGAUUUACGCUUCACGGAUCCUGCAGCCCCUCUCUUCAUCGACGUUGAAGGCGACGAGUCAGAAUGUCUCUUCGUCAUAUCCACCUCACAAAUAAGUGGUUCAGCUUCUUCCGCUCCCUCAAACUCUGCUCAACUUAACGCACACAAACGUCCUCGCCCAAACGACGAAGGUGAGGGCAAUUCGAGACAGCGAAGCGAAACACCCAGAAUCAAAAAAUCGAUGAAAGCUGUGCAGCGUACGGAUGCCCACACACCUGACGCAACUGCUACUUCAAGAGCCAAAAGCGAUGCACGAUCAAUGCCUCCACCAUCAUAUAUUCCACGGCACACACCGGGUUCCCCACAAAAUCAGAAUCUACCUCUUCCCUCGCUGUCUUGGAAUCUGCCGCCAGAUCCGUCCCAUGGAGUUCCCUUGGAACCCGAGCCUCUUUUCUACACCCAGUCCUCUCAGUUAUUAACGGAUGGACCAAGCGGGAGCCCUGAAGUGGGGCGAGCCCCAGCACGGGAUCGAACUCCAUUAUUUUAUCCCCUUUCACAACUCUCUCAGGCAGACAGGGAGGUGAUACGUGGAUCUGGUUUGGGCAUUGAAAACAUGAACCAGGAUGAACUAGCGGCGAUGCUCGAAGGAGAGGGCGAAGAAGUUGACUUUGGGUUCGCGGCGUCUCAGAAUCUUAUCAGCGUCGAAGACGGAGAUUCGGCUAUGCUUUCGGCGAAUGAUGAUCCAGAAAGCUUGGAACUUAUCGAAGAUACUAACACUGAGUUUGGGCCAACGCAGGACGACGUUGGGGGCAGGAAGAAGGCGUUUCAGCCUCUGUUUGAAGAUUGAUUUUGACAUACAUAAUAUGUCAGGACUUUGUUCUAAGACACUGUGUUCAAUGUUCAUACUUGUCGCAGCUUGUAGAGUUACACUGUAAGUGUACACUUACGUAAAACCGAGGGCCCCCGCAGUGUGAAACGAACGUAAUUGCG